ACAAUCCAGUGGUCAAAUCAAUCACAGGCAGCAAAGCUCUUGUAUGUGCACAGACUGUUUGAACGUCAUUAUUUCACUUCAUACAUACUUAAUUUGCUGUCUUGCACUAGUACCACUCAUUAUUGACAAACAUUUGUGAGUUUCAACGCUCUCUUUCGUCAGAUAAACGUAAUGGGCAAGAAAAAAUCUGGUAAGUGGCAAAAGAAUGAGGGUCGGACGGUCUUGGGAUCCGACGAUGAAGCCCUGUACUCGGAUUUGGAGCAGCCUGAUGAGAAAUCGAACGAGCACCUGCAAGACGCAGUGGACGCGUUUCAUGCCGACCGCGAUAAGGUGCUGCUUGAUGACUCGGAUGCCGAUAGUUCGUCAGGGCAAGAGGAAGAAGUUCUUUCGCUGGACGACGACGAUGAUGACAGCGAUAACGACCUCGAUAUCGACGAGUCCGAAGACGAACUUGGCCCGAUUAGCGAGGCCCAUACGAGGAGUAUCCAGAAGGACGAUAUGGCAAGCGACAUAGAGGAUGAAGACGAUGGCUUGCCUGAUGUGAAAGCGUGGGGAAAGAAGAAAGCAACCUACUAUCACACAGAUUUCGUCGAUGAGGACUACGCAGGUAUCACCGAGGAUGCAGCAGAGCUUGCAAGACUAGAGGAGCAAGAAGCUCGUGCACUUCAGAAGCGGCUUGUUGAACAGCUGGAUGAGGAAGACUUCGGACUCGAUUUAUUCCAGCUUCCAAAGGAAGACACUGCAGAGGUUUCAGAGAAGAUUUCAAAGGACUUAUCAAAACUUUCCAAGCGUGAGAAAUUGAAGUUGCUGUCGAAAGACAGUGCAGAACUACUUGAGCUUGUGGAUGACUUCAAGGCAAAGAUGAUAGAGCUACGAGAUACAAUUUUGCCACUGGCCAAACUGGUUGACAGUGGAAAGGUUAUCUCUGUGCCAGCAAUCGAGUAUGUUAAUGUGAAGAGACAGCUUAUUGUCCAGUACUGCACAAACAUAACCUUCUACAUGAUCCUGAAGGCCAAACGAGUGCCUGUUGGGAACCACCCUGUGAUCAAAAGACUAAUUUCCUUCAGAAAUCUUCUGAAGCAACUGGAGCCGGUGGAUAAACGACUGGCCAAUGAAGUAAACAUAUUGCUGGACAAGUUGUCGAAGGGCGAAGACAUUGUGCCAUUGACUGCAUCAUCAACGAAGCCACAGCAGAAGCCUAAACUAAGGAUUACUCAACAGAUGCAAACAGAUGCAUCUGGCAGCAAAAAGGAAACUUCCAAGGGAAGUCCGGUGAAACAGGAAAAGAAGAAGGACUUGAAGCGCAAGAACACAGCAGAGGAGCAGGCCAUCCUCGACAUGUAUGCAGAAAUGAGGAAAAAAUCACGGUUUGAGGGCAGCUCCGGCAGCGAGAAUGAAGAGGAGGAGGAUGCUGUGCCUGAGACAUUUGAUGAUGAGGAUCAGGAACAACUCGAUCAAGACGAAGAAGAAGGUGGAGACGAGAGGCGUGGCAUCACAUACCAGAUUGCCAAGAACAAGGGCCUGACCGCCAAGCGAAAGAAGGAGUACCGAAACCCACGUGUGAGGCACAAGAUGAAAUAUCGCAAGGCCAAGAUCAGCAGGAAGGGACAGGUACGAGAGGUCAGGACGGAGCUUCAGAAGUACGGCGGAGAGCUGUCUGGCAUCCGUGCCGGUGUGACACGCAGCAUCAAAAUGAAGUGAAGAGGACCUGUGAUCAGCCAAAUAUAUUUCUUGUGACAAAGCCCAUUGCUUAAAAAGGUGCUUUUCGUUGGCAUUUUUUGUUGUUUCAGAUGGAAAAUAUAAAAAUUUUUCACACCAA